AUGGCCAAUCUUCAAAGCCCUUUCGAAGACAUUCUAGUCAAUUUCAAAAAGCACCUCACAACAAAAGAGUUGGAGGAUUUCGAAUUUGUGACUUUGAAAGAUGUACAACUUGCUGUUCUCGGUAUUCAGAGGGACCAGGAAAAUCUAAAGACAAUGAUGAAUAUGACUCGUGUACAGUCAUUCCUUGAGGCAAUGACCCAGUUCGGAAAGGUUGUCGAGGUCUUUGCGAACGCUCAUAUCUUUGUUUGCGCCGUGUGGGGUCCGAUGAAGUUCAUUCUGCAGAAUGCGAGUACUUGGGCCAACAGUUUUGAUACAAUACUUGAUGCAUACCGCCAAAUCGGCGAACAUAUGCCACAUUUGACACAGUACGAAUCCCUGUUUGGUUCCAAGCCUGAAAUGGUUCGCGUUCUGGCCUUUUUGUAUCAAGAUAUUCUCGAUUUUCAUUUAAAAGCGGUACGAAUGUUCAGAGGCAAAACUGAGGUGUGGCGACACCUGUUCCGUUCCAUCUGGAAAGACUUCGAAACAAAAUUUAAGGGGUUACUCGACGGCUUGAAGUCACACAGGCAACUCAUCGUAGAGCAAGCCGCGCUUCUACAUUACGAGGAAGCCCAGAAAAAGAUCCAGGCCACUCACGAUCGUGUCGAGCAUUAUGGCCAGGCAGCGCAACUGCAUUACGAAGAAUCACAGAGAAGUAGUCAGAAACUCUUUUCGCAUAUACAGCAGUACCAAAAAGAUCGGUUUGAAAGGUUAGAACGUCUAGCAAGGGAAGAAAAUGAAAACGAGGGACGGAAGUAUCGAGAAAUAUUAGAUUGGUUUUGCGCCGCGCAGAGCACCACAGCUGAUCAUGAGAAAUUCUGCACGACGAGAAAGUUUUAUGCAGGAAGUUCUACUUGGAUACUGAAGCAUGAUAAAUUCCACAACUGGAAGGAAACUAGUAUUCCUGUCAACUCAAUGUUGUGGGUCAGCGGUAUUCCUGGCGCAGGGAAAACAAUACUCGCAUCAUCCAUUAUAGAAAGUUGUCUACUAGAUAAUUCACGAACAACAGCGUAUUUCUACUGUCGAGAAGAAGACCCAGAGAAAAAUACGUCCAUUUCCAUAUUCCGCAGUCUACUGAGCCAGCUUCUAAAUCAUUGUCGGGAGCUAAUACCAUAUUGUUACGAGAAGUACCAAAUGAGUGGAGAGCUCAACCUGACUUCUUCCGUUCUAGCCGAACAAUUAUUGAAAUUGUCAUUUGAGCUGAUUCAGAAAUCGACUAUUGUUAUUGAUGGAUUGGACGAGUGUACCUCGGAUCAAAGAAAGUCGAUCAUGACAUUCUUCACGAUGAUGGUAAAUAAAUGCGAUGAAAAAGAUGCAGGGAAGUUGCGCGUACUGUUUAUCAGCCAGGAUUUCCCGGACAUUGCAAAAGGACUUCAGACGGCAGAAAAUCUAAGAAUCACUUCGAAAGAUAAUGAAAGGGAUAUUGAAGCUUACAUCAAUCACUGGUCGAAAAUAAUCUCAGAUAAGAAUAGUCUAGACGAAACACAGAUGAACUUCAUCUCAGAAUCGACUUUCCUCCGAUCUCAUGGCAUGUUUCUUUACGCAAAAUUGGUCAUGGAAAACCUGCUUGCGCAAGAGACUCGAACAAAUCUGUUGACAGAAAUUCAGUCAUAUCAAUUUCCAGAAGGAUUAGGAGAAGCCUAUGAGAGAAUACUGGGUCGACUAGAGCGCAGCAAGAAAGCCAAGCAGUGGGAGAUCGUCCGUAAGUUACUUGGCUGGAUGGUUUGUGCAAAGCGGCCACUUAAAUGGCGUGAAAUACAAGCCGCGUUUUCCAUUGAUCCAGACGCACAAGAAAUAGAUUUCGACGGAAGACGCCUCCGAAGUAGUAUCGAGGAGUACUGCGGUUCGCUAAUCCAAAUUCUAUCAGAGGAUCGAGUAGAACUUGUCCAUACUACCGCCAAGAUACACAUCAAUAACAGUAAACACAUCCGUCCGUUGGUAGUAGAAUGCAAUAUAGCUUCAUUAUGUCUCCGUUAUUUGACAUUUGAAUGUUUUGAUAACGAGAUAAGUCAAGAUAGUUUGUCGUCCCUCGUAUCAGAUGGCUACCUUGCGUUUCAAGAUUAUGCUGCAGCCAAAUGGCUUCAACACAUUCGCGCUAUCAUUUUGAACUCAUCAAAUCAACCUAUUCAUGAUCACGAGUCUCAGGCUGCUUUGCAAGAACUUGGUAUGAGUUUGGAAGAAUUCUGCGCUCGAUACCAAGAAGAUCUUACCGGGUGCGCGCUGGCAAAGGAUAUACAAAACGACUGCGAAGCUUUCAACGGCUGUAAUUAUCACAAAGAUCUUUUGUAUGUAUGGAACCAUGUCUACUUGUACGACAUGCAAAAUCAAGAAAUCAAGAAGGAGCUAAGUCUGCCGACACUCAACAAAUCCGUGCUGCGGAAUCGAAAGGUCCUCGAGUCUUUACUUCCACCUUCACACGACAUCAUCACCUUCUACGGCGACAAACUCUUCAAAUGCCCACGCCCAACAUGUUUCUACUUCCAUCAAGGUUUCAAAGGCCUUAAAUCCCGAACACUUCACAUUAACAAGCAUGACCGACCCUUCAAUUGCGUCUUCCCAGACUGUUCCAUCGCAGAGUUCGGAUUCUCAUCAAACAAAGAUCUAGAAAAACACCGAAAGACUUUUCAUCCCGAGCAUGAAGACUUGUUGAACACUUUUGCCGGAAAGCCGAAGGCAACAGCGGCGACUCCUUGGGCUUGCGAGUUGUGUGGGAAGAGAUUCACAAGAGGAUUUCAUCAGAGGAAUCAUAUGAGGAGUCAUGCUGGUGAGAGACAAUAUAAGUGUAGUGAGUGCGGGAAGGCUUUUGAAUUUGAGAAGAGUUCUCAAUCCGUCAAGCAAAACAACAAGAUUCGAGGUUUCUAA